AUGGCCAACGCAUUAAACGAUCGUCAGAAUGGAUGCCAAAAUGAAUCGAUCGACAAGAUCAUUUGGUCAUCGAAACGUUUCAUUCCCCUGGAGCUAUACCCACACAUGUUGGGUGAUAACCCUGGCCGACCCCCAACUCCCGAUGAAAUCGAAUAUGCUAAAAAAGCAGCCGAAAGAUUCAAGUACUUCAGCCAUGGAAAGGUCGUUAUACAUGAUAAGGAUGACGAUUCAAAGGUUAUAGCUCUAAUCGAGUUUACUCGCUGGGAUCAACUAACUGGAGCGGGACUCGAGGAUUUAGGUCAAGUCACACGAUUCCUCUAUGCUGCAAAGCAGUUUGUCAACGCUGUAGACUCCGAAACACGUUCAUGGGGAGGAAAGAUGUUUGCCAUUGGUUGGCGGAAGGCAAUGGUUGCCUUUCAAUUGUUAGGACUUUAUCGAAACAAAGAAGCUAUCGCCAAAUCACCAAGCACCUACGAUGCCCUCAUGCGCAAGUCCUGCAAAAUAUCUAAUAUUCUAGGUCGCCUCUUCAGACGUCUUGCAAAUGUGGCAUUCGCGAACAACCAAGAACUGAUGAACGACUAUUCAAUCCCAUCGAUAGGCCAUCUUGCCUUCAAUAUGCCAAUUAAAGAUGAUGACUGCUCACCAAACUUAACGUUCACAACUGAUCGAUUCUUCAAUGCACCUCAUCGGGACGAAGAAGAUCUGUCCGAUUUUGCAUUUGGCUUAUUUGUUCCCGUUAACAAAAACGAUUGGUCACCUUCCAACUCAAAUGGUCCCCCGGAAUUAGACGGGGGUCAAUUUGUCUUUCCCGAUUAUCGCUGUGGGAUAGACUUUUCACAACAUGACGGUUUCGUUAAAGUUGUUUGGCGUGCGAAGGAGGUUAGGCAUUGUACUCUACACUCUAUCAACAAUCCAGCCCAAGAUCAGCUUGGAAUGUCGCUUCAGAUCAACAAGAAGAUCACAACGGCCUCGCGGGAUACUCAAAAUGGCACAAUAUUUGAAAGGAAGGCAUUCAAGGAUAAGCCCCGGGAUGCAUGUUACAUUGGCGAUCAUCAAACUUAUGUAAAUGGCAUACACUAG